UAUGCGAAAAAAAAGUCGAUGGUCAGCAUGAAACGAAUAUCAAGACGAUGGUUGCGAUUCCGACUUAUUUCCACCACAGUGGUGUGAGCUCGUUAUCUUCUCGCGCCGCGGUCCUCGGUCAGGGAGACCAGUCACACACGCUGAGUUCCAGGGAAACGAUAAAAGACUGCGAGACAAACACAUAUGGGGAAAUUGUCCGUGUUCACGAAACCCAAGAUGACAGCGCAGGCGAAGAGGGUUGGGCAGCCAAGGUGAAUCGGCGAGAUGCGUCAUCACUGGCAAAUCGCGGUGAAGUGGAGCUAAUCCGGUCUGCAUCGGUAAUUACCCAUACCCAUCUCAUUCGCCCCUUUUCCCUUCCGGGGGCACUAGAAGGCACCGGCUGGCUUCAGCCUCUGGGAACCCACUCCACUGCCACAAAAGACGGCACGGAUGGCUCUGCCAAGCCUUCUCCUUACCUUCCAGAAGGCCGCCAGAAGGAUUUUGGAACAUCCGUAGAAGCCGUGGAAGCCGUGAAAGAAGAAAAAAAGACAUGCGCGGCCCCCAUCCUGCGCACGGUUCGGAGCCUUACCAGGAGAUCCUCUCUGAGCCUGUGCACUAUACCCUUCACAUCGAGGGAUUAA